AUGGCUUCCUCCUACUCCACCCGCAGCAGCCGCAUGUCCUCCAGCGGCUCCAUGCGUAUGUCCACGUCUAGCGUGGGAAGCAGCCGUGUGGGCACCAUGAGGGCCGGCAGCGUCUAUGCCGGCGCAGGAGGUUCAGGGGUCCGCAUCUCCAAGGCCACUCACUCUGUGGGAGGAGGUUUCAGCAUGUCAGGAUCUGCAGACAGCAGCAUCAUUGGCAAUGAGAAAAUCACCAUGCAGAGCCUCAAUGACCGUCUGGCUACUUACCUGGUCAAAGUGCGCUCACUAGAGAAGGCCAACGCUGAUCUGGAGCUGAAGAUCCGUCAGUUCCUAGAUGGCAAAGCCUCUCCUGUUGCACGUGACUACAGAGCCUACUUUGUCACCAUACAGGAUCUUCAGGCUAAGAUCCUGGCAUCCAUUCAGAUGAAGGGUAGAAUGCAUCUCAGCAUUGACAACACCAGCCUGGCCAUUAAUGAUUUCAAAAUGAAAUAUGAAACGGAGCUGGUCAUGCGUCAGUCAGCAGAAGCAGACAUCGCCGGCCUGAAGAGGGUGCUUAAUGAGCUCGACAUCACCAGAAAAGACCUCACCAUGCAGGUCGAAGGGCUGAAGGAGGAGCUGGUCUUUCUGAAAAAGAAUCACGAGGAGGAUCUGUUGGCGGCACGGUCACAAAUGAGUGGACAGGUUCACGUGGAGGUGGAUGCAGCUCCACAGGAAGAUCUCACCAAGAUCCUGGCAGAAGUGCGCGAGCACUAUGAAGCAGUUACAGCCAAGAACCAAAGAGAUCUGGAGCACUGGUUCAAGACAAAGACAGAAACUCUGAAACAAGUCGUUGUCACCAGCACUACAGAACUGAAAACAUCUCGCACUGAAGUCAACACAGUCAAAUCCAAACUACAGGCUUUGGAAAUCGAACUCCAGUCACUUUUAGCUACGACAGCAUCAAUGGAGGCCACAUUGACUGAGACGAAGAAUCGUUAUUCCCUAAAGAUGUCUGGCUACCAACAACAGGUCACCAUCCUAGAAGAGCAGAUUGUCCGCCUCCGAGGCGAUCUGGAGCGCCAGCGUCACGAGUACCAGAUACUCCUGGACAUCAAGACCCGACUGGAGCUGGAGAUCGCCGAGUACAGGAGACUGCUGGACGGAGAAGCCACUGUCAAAGCAACAACCUCCACGUCCACCUCGAGGACUAAAGUCAUCACAGUCGUGGAAGAGGUUGUAGAUGGGAAAGUGGUCUCCAGCUCCACGUCCUCAACCAUGUCUGACAAGCGCAUCAUUUGAUUGGCUGUAAUGCCUGUUUUUGUUUGAAGCAUGCACACAACUGGAAACCAAAUAAAACAGCAUUUAAACACUA